AUGGAGCUGCAGUGUUGGGGCAUUGUGCUGUCAGUAAUAGAAGUACCUAACGGUGAAGUAUCCGCCAUCACAGAGACGGACGGACAGACAGAUAGAUACAUGGUUAUUGAGGAGUGGAGCAGGAGAAGGAGGGACAGCGGGUGGAUAUGUGUUAGUGGUGUUGCUGCUACUGCUACUGCUGAUGGUGAUGCUGAUGCUGAUGCCGUUGGGAUUGUCGGGUUGCCUUCGAGCGUAAGGGAAAGGCAGGGGACGAGGGUGGAGGGACUCGUAAGAGGGCUGAGGGAAUAG